GGCGCGGCUCGCCACGACCUAGGCCGAGACACGGGUCCGGAGCCCGAGUUCCCCCACACGGAGCGGACGCGCCUGAGGACUUCGGAGGCAUACUGAAGGAUGUUUAUUCCAAGAUCUCUGAAAGUCAAAAGGAAUGCUUUUGACGAUGAAAAGAGUUGUGUGGCUAAGAAACUUAAACCACAAGAAGAAAAACUGUCAUCAGAAGAAGAGAGAGAGAUCCCAAAUGUUGCCUUAAUGGGGGAAGAAACCUCAGUACCAUCAGAGGGACACAGCCCUGACUUAGACUUCCUGCCAGAUUCAGACAACCCUUCUGCUGCUGUUGGCUUAGGUGAGCAGAGUGCUAAAGACAGCUGUGUUCCAGAGGAGCCAAUAAAAUCUUUUUCUAAAACUCAGCGCUGGGCAGAACCGGGGGAGCCUGUCUGUGUUGUGUGUGGUCGUUAUGGAGAAUAUAUUUGUGAUAAGACGGAUGCAGAUGUUUGUAGCUUGGAAUGUAAAGCAAAACAUCUUUUACAAGUUACUGAAAAGGAAGAAAAAGUAAAGCUUCUGAAAGUCAGCUCUGAGCCCGAACCUCCCCCACUUGAUGCCCUUUUUGCCUAUAAAGAACACCCCUUUAUUUUAAACCUUCAGGAUGACCAGGUUGAAAACCUUAAGCUACAGCUAGGAAUUUCAGUCCAGGGCCAAAAAGUUCCAAGGCCUAUCAUAGACUUUGAACAUUGUGGUUUUCCUGAAGUUUUGAAUUAUAACUUGAAGAAGUCUGGCUAUGAAGUUCCAACUCCCAUUCAGAUGCAAAUGAUUCCUAUUGGACUUUUGGGAAGAGAUAUAGUGUGCAGUGCUGACACAGGCUCAGGGAAAACUGCAGCUUUCCUACUUCCUGUUAUCAUCAGAGCUUUGGAAAAAAACAUAACUCCGUCAGCACUUAUUCUCACUCCAACCAGGGAAUUAGCCAUUCAGAUAGAGAGACAAGCUAAGGAGCUAAUGUGCGGCCUGCCAAAUAUGAGAACAGUUCUACUUGUUGGAGGUUUGCCUUUACCUCCCCAGCUCUAUCGUCUGAAACAGAGUGUUAAGGUUAUAAUAGCAACUCCUGGGAGACUUCUGGAAAUAAUGAAACAGAGCUCUGUGGAACUCAAUGGUAUAAAAAUAGUCAUCAUAGAUGAAGCUGAUACCAUGUUAAAAAUGGGUUUUCAACAGCAAGUUCUUGACAUUUUAGAAAACACUCCUCAUGAUCGUCAGACUGUUUUGGUUUCUGCCACAAUUCCAGCAAGCAUAGAACGUCUAGCAAACCAACUUCUUCACGAUCCUGUGAGAAUUAUCAUUGGAGAAAAAAAUCUGCCAUGUUCCAAUGUCCGUCAGAUUAUUUUGUGGGUAGAAGAACCUUCCAAAAAAAAAAAGUUAUUUGAAAUCUUAAAUGAUGAGAAACUCUUUAAACCUCCAGUGCUAGUGUUCGUGGACUGCAAAUUAGGAGCUGACCUUUUGAGUGAUGCAGUUCAUAAAAUCACUGGGUUGCAAAGCAUAUCUAUGCAUUCAGAUAAAUCACAAGUAGAAAGAACAAGGAUAUUACAGGGAUUAUUUCAAGGAGAGUAUGAAGUCGUAGUAAGCACUGGAGUCCUGGGACGAGGAUUAGACUUGAUCAAUGUCAAAUUGGUUGUCAAUUUUGAUAUGCCUUCCAGUAUGGAUGAAUAUGUACAUCAGGUUGGAAGAGCAGGAAGAUUAGGUCACAGUGGAACUGCAAUUACUUUCAUCAAUAACAACACAAAGAAGCUUUUUUUGGAUAUUGUGAAAAGAGUCAAACCAACAGGAUCCAUUCUUCCUCCUCAGUUACUAAACUCUCCUUAUCUCCAUGAACAGAAAAGAAAAGAACACCAAAGAGUUAACCAGGCGCAGAACACCCUAGUUACUGGUGAUAAUCUUAUGGACAUUAUUAAAAAACAUGAUAAAAGUCAUUCUCAAAAGUAACUAUUUGUGCCACUUUGGAUAAUCUUGUCAUUGUGCAAUAUCAAUGAAAAAUCUGCAAAUUACUAUCAUAUGGUAUCUAAAUAGAGCAUAUUUAUAAGGUAAGAACAUAAGGAUGAUUGUAUUGAUAAAAAUGUCAGACUUAGACAGCAGAAGUUUGCACACAGCUGCUUUUCCUUCCUAUUCUCUCUAUAAUGAGUGAGAUUGAAAACAAAGGAUCUGUUUUUAUCCUCUCUGCAGAAUUAUUUUGAGAAGAUUAAACAUCUUUUUGCUUUAAAAAA